UUUCAAAUCUACGUUGUGCAGCAGCAGCAGCCACAGCUCUUAGGCGGAGGCCGGAUCGGGCCGGGAUCGGGGCCGGGCGCUGAGAGGCCAGGUGUGCUUGGGCGGAGGCUGACGGGAGAAGAUGCCAGUGCCACGCAACUCCAAGACCACGGGUAGUAAACAGCUCCGGCCUGGCAAAGCAGGAGCAGUGGAAAAUGCCAGACCUGAGAAGGAGGAGAGCUGUCAAGCAAAGAGGUCCCCAUCCUCACCCCAGGGGGCACCCAAGAAGAGGUCUGCCUUCGGAGACCUCACUAACGCUCACAAGAACCAGGCUGGCCUGAGGAAGAAGGAUGCCACGAAGGCAGGUCCCAGGAAGGCACAGAAAGGCACAGCUGCUCUGGGGGUCUUGAAGAACAAUGAGAUCAACUUGAAAAAGGCAACGAGGAAAACACCCCCGGAUGAGGCAUCUGCUGAGCCCAAACUGGUUCCCAAGAAUGACCCGGUGCUGGAGGAGUCGGCGCCUGUGCAGGCGCCUGCCAUUGAGGACAUUGACAAGGAGCAGCUGGGCGACGCUUACGCCAGCGCCGAGUACGCCAAGGAGAUCUUCAAUUACAUGAAGGAGAGAGAAGAGAAGUUCUUGCUCCCAAACUACAUGGAGAAGCAGUACGACAUCAGCAGGGACAUGAGAGCCAUUCUGGUGGACUGGAUGGUGGAGGUCCAGGAGAACUUUGAGCUAAACCAUGAGACGCUGUACCUGGCGGUGAAGCUGGUGGAUCACUACCUGGUGGAGGUGGUGAGCAUGAGGGACAAGCUGCAGCUCAUCGGUUCCACGGCCAUCCUCAUCGCUUCCAAGUUUGAGGAGCGCUGCCCCCCAUGUGUGGACGACUUCCUCUACAUCUGUGACGAUGCCUACAAGAGGGAGGAGCUGAUUGCCAUGGAGAUGAGUAUCCUCCGCACGCUGAAGUUCGACAUCAACAUUCCCAUCCCGUAUCGCUUCCUGCGGAGGUUUGCCAAGUGCGCUCACGCCAGCAUGGAGACACUGACCCUGGCCCGCUUCAUCUGUGAGAUGACCUUGCCGGAGUACGACUACGUCCAGGAGAGUGCUUCCAAGCUGGCUGCGAGCUGCCUGCUCCUGGCGCUCAAGAUGAAGAGUCUUGGUGGAUGGAGCCCCACGCUGGAGUAUUACAGCGGAUACAGCUCUCAUGAGCUCCAUCCGCUGGUGAAGAGGCUGAACUUCCUGCUGACCUACCAGCACGAUGACAAGUUAAAGGCAGUGCGCACAAAGUACUCCCACCGAGUCUUCUUCGAAGUGGCCAAGAGUGCUCCCAUGGACAUGCUGAAGUUGGAAGUGGCUCUGAAGAGCUAGCCCAGGAGAUGGGGGGAGCAGCCCUCCUGGGGGCUGGCAGCCCUGCCCCUGGCUAGGAGGGGUGCACGGCCCAUGUGUAAAUAUCCUGUACAUAGAGAUUCGCUCCCUUGGCCCAGAUGGGUCUGUACAUAGAUUUUUUUUUUAAUGUUAAAGGGGGGAAAAAAUGUAGGAAGUGUUGUUGGGGGACUAAACACAUGGAAAAUAAGUCAAUAAAAUAUUGUGUAUCUGU